AUGCGUCUUAUAAAUCGACUAGAAACCGAACCAGAUACCAUGACCCUGGCUCUACUGGCGGAUGAAUGUAACAGGUUAGUGAAUUUGCGGAAAGACACAUCUAUGGUCGAGCAACAAGAAGUGAAUUCUGUGCAUAAGGCAGCUGCACACACUGAUACACGAGCAACAUCAACGAAUCUACCGAAAGCUCCAUGUUGGUUGUGUGGCGGAGUUCAUUUCGUUCGUGAAUGUGAGUACGCAAACCAUCGCUGUGCGGAAUGUCAACAAGUCGGGCAUAAAGAAGGUUAUUGUGGCUGUAUUCGUCCAUCCAGGAAUAUACCAUACAAACAAAAUCGUUCAGGUGGUGGUCGAGGAGAUGGUAAUAAUUGGCACCGAUACAAAUCUCGAUCACUGGUGUGUAAUCAAGUACUGAAUGUUGCGUCGAGGAAAUAUGUUGUAGUGUUGCUAAACGGUGUCAAAACAGAUCUACAGAUUGAUACUGCGUCUGAUAUCACAGUGAUUUCUGAAAAGCGCUGGGCUAUUAUUGGUAAACCUGUCACCACAACUACAUCAGCAAGAGCGCUAACAGCAUCUGGGUCCAACUUACAACUAUCAUCGCAGUUUCAAGCAACUUUGACGUUAGCAGGAAAAUCAAAACAAGGUACUGUUUACGUUACCAAAUCCAAUCUCAACAUUCUGGGAAUCGAUUGGAUCGAACGGUUUGGCAUUUGGGACGUUCCCAUUAGCAGCAUUUGUCGGAAACUGCAACUAUCCGACGAUAAUCAAAUCAGGACACUAAAAUCCAGAUACUCGGAUGUGUUUUCUAAUGAGCCAAGUGUAUGUGCCAAAGUUGAAGUUAACCUAACAGUGAAAGAAGGCGCCGUUCCUGUUUUCCGACCAAAGCGACCAGUUUCUUUUGGUUCUCUAAACCUAGUUGAGCAGGAGUUGGACAGGCUCGAAAGACGUGGUGUUAUCACCCCUGUCUCGUAUUCCGAUUGGGCAGCCCCUAUCGUGGUUGUUAAAAAGUCGGAUAAGACGGUGCGAAUAUGUGGAGACUAUUCGACUGGCUUGAAUGCAGUGUUAACGCCUCACAAAUACCCACUUCCAACUCCAGACGAAAUAUUCGCAACUUUAACCGGUGGAAUUAUGUUCAGCAUUUUGGAUCUGCGUGACGGUUAUUUGCUGAUGAACGUUUCGGAAGAGUCCCGAAUUCCUGGCGUCAAACCGUACAUAGACGAUGUCAUUAUCACCGGUUGUACGAAAGCAGAGCAUGAUGAUCGUCUAGAACAGGUGCUGAAGAAAUUUCGAGAGUUCGGAUUACGGUUGAAGGAAGAGAAAUGCCAGUUCUUUGCGGAGUCAGUAAAAUACUUAGGCCACAUCAUUGAUCGUACGGGAAUACGUCCAGAUCCGGAAAAAGCACUGGCCAUUUCUAACAUGCCAGCACCCACCGAUGUUGCAACAUUACGGUCAUUUUUGGGUGCUGUAAAUUAUUAUGGGAAAUUUAUCCCGCACAUGCGUAAUUUGCGGUAUCCCUUGGACAAUCUAUUGAAAUCAUCGAAUACGCAUUUUGAAUGGACUGAACAAUGCCAGAAAAGUUUCGACUCCUUCAAGACGAUUUUGUUAUCAGAUUUGGCACUGACACACUACGAUCCACAUUUGCCAGUCAUCGUUUCUGCUGAUGCAUCUAACUUUGGCAUCGGUGCCUGCAUCCAACACGUUUUUCCGGAUGGUACUAGGAAGGCGAUUUACCAUGUAUCUCGUGCGCUAUCAUCAGCAGAACAAAAUUACGGACAAAUAGAAAAAGAAGGUCUUGCUCUGAUUUUUGCUGUUACCCGUUUUCACCGUUUUAUCUAUGGACGCCAUUUUAAGCUGGAAACGGAUCACAAGCCUUUACUUUCUAUUUUCGGAUCUAAGAAAGGUGUACCAGUUUAUGCUGCGAAUCGACUACAGAGAUGGGCAGUAACACUCUUAGCGUACGACUUUGAAAUCCUUUAUGUGCGAACCACUGACUUCGGGAAUGCAGAUCUAUUGUCUAGACUGAUCAAUCGGUGUGCAAAGCCAGACGAUGAUAUUGUUAUAGCAGCCGUAUCAGUUGACGCAGAUUUAAAAGAGGUACUUCAUGUUGCUAUAAAUUCUUUAAAUAUACCUCUCAGUUUUAGAAUGAUUCGCUCUGCUUUCAACGAAGAUGAUGAGCUUUCGAAGGUUGUCAACUUUCUUCAGAAUGGUUGGCCGGUAUCAACUAACAAGCUUCAAGGAGAAACGAAGAAAUUCUACGAAAUAAGGGACUCUCUAUCCAUCACUGAGGGUUGCCUUAUGUUUGGAGAUCGUCUCGUCAUACCACGCUGUUAUCGCACGAAGGUCUUAAAACAAUUGCACACUGCUCAUCCAGGCAUAGAGCGUAUGAAAGCUUUGGCAAGAAGCUACAUCUAUUGGCCACGGCUAGAUUCUGAUAUUCAAGAGUGGGUACGCGGAUGUGGACAGUGCGCCAUAUCUUUGAAAGCUCCAGCUCGAGCAAUUCCGCAGGCAUGGCCUGAAACAACUAGGCCCUUCCAAAGAGUGCAUAUUGACUAUGCAGGGCCGCAUUACGCCACUACAAUUAAAAUGCUUCGAGAUGUUUUCUGUCGUUUCGGAAUGCCGGAAACGUUAGUCAGUGAUAAUGGUCGACAGUUCACUGCGGAUAUUUUCCUCGAAUUUUGUACCCAGAACGGCAUUGAGCACAUACGUAGUCCACCUUACCACCCGCAGUCUAACGGGCAGGCUGAGAGAUUUGUGGACACGUUUAAACGAUCGCUGGCCAAAAUUUAUCAUCCCGAAGGAGACUUGCAAUCUGCUUUAGACACAUUUUUGUUAAACUACAGAAUAACUCCGAACCGUAAUGCGAGUGAAGGAAAAUCACCAUCUGAACUUUUAUUUGGACGUCGUAUACGUUCACAUUUAGAUCUUUUGCUACCACCAAAGGACACCACCAAAUAUGAGGUUCCGGAUGUAAUCGAAGCCGCCACCCGAAAGGAUCAGCAGCAAACUCUGGAGCUAUCCCGAAAGGUUGGAUUCCUAACCGGAUACGAAUCGCCAGCCAUGGAAAGUACCCUUAAGAAAAUAGCGGCUUUCGUUCCGGUAAUGAUAGUCGAAUAG